AUGGUGUAUCCUCACAGCGAACAUAUACGUAGCUUUUCGUGUCCAAUCAUUGCAACCAAUAUAGUGGGUAAUGUUUCCGGUCCUAUUCCGAGAUCAUGGGUAUAUGCGCCUGUACAAAGCUUAUCGGAGCUCACGGGCUGGAUAAACGAUGCCUUUUGCAUCGUGCAACACGAUCUGAACGUUGAUGCUUUCGUCGAAGAAACCAGUCAACGUCGACUCCCUUACCAGCCUCAGAACGCAAGUCCCAUCUGGUUUCGUUGCUAUCUUCUCUUGGGCAACAAUAACAAAUAUGGCCUCUAUUUUCAUGGUCCGCAUGCCAUCAUGGACGGUGGCCCGACGCUCAAUGCCUUUGCACUCAUGCUCCAAUGGAUGACGAAAGAUGACAUCGAACCUGCUGAGAACUUGCCGUGGGGGACAGAAUGGCACAACUUGCCUCUCGGUCCUGUUGAUGCCACAGGUGGUCCUCGCGAAGAUUGGGAUAUUGCAGGUAUCGAGCUCCUGAAGCAAUUGUCAGACUCCGAAGCGGUCCACACGAUACCUUUGACUGUGCGUCCGUUUCGAAUGUCACAGAGUGCCGUCGGAAAGACAUGUAGACUGGAGCGAGUUCUCAACCCGACAUUAACGCGUAGGCUAGUCAACAAAACACGGAUCGUCGGUUGCUCGAUGUCCCAUCUGUUUGAGGCUGCAUAUUGCAUGGUGCUGCUCGCCCGCAAUCAACUUCCACCAUCCGUGUGGGAUGCCUACCACUUUCCAGGCAACUCCUCUGCUAUCUCGCUGAUUCCGCACCUGAAAUUGCCCUACGAUACGAAAACACAUUUCAUCUCUUCCCGCUCGCAUAUACCGAUCCAGAUUUCGAUGGCUGAAAUAUCGCCCAUGGUAUCGCCCAGAAGGCAGCUCCUGCAACUUACCCAAGCCAUAGAGCAGAGAUACACCAGGUUUGCUACGCAUCCCUGUAUGCCCCACGUCCAGGCUGCAAGGGCGUAUCAACCAGAUGCUCUGUCAGAAAGACCAAACUUCGAGAGUUCUAUCAACAACGUUGGCCCCAUGGAGCGGCGACUUCCGUUGUCGUGGAAAGGAAGGCAUACCGCUGAGCCGGUCAUUGAGCUGGAGUCUGUGUUGUUUUCAGUCAGACUAACGUCUUUAACUCCGUAA